AUGCGGCUCCCUGUUGGGGCCUUCUCGACGAUCGGGACCAUUGAAGGGGUGUGGGCGGCGGCGGGAAACCCCCUGACGUCGCUCUCGGAGCAGGAGCUGGUGAGCUGUGACGAGACGAACCAGGGCUGCAACGGGGGGAUGAUGGGGGACGCGAUCCAGUGGCUGCUCUCCGCGCGCGGUGGGAAGGUGCUGACGGAGGAGAGCUACCCCUACACCUCCGGGGACGGGCUCACCGAGGAUUGCCAGCUCGAUGUCGGCAAGGUCGGCGCGGUGAUCUCCGGUCUCGUGGAGGUUGACGCCAAUGAGGACGCGAUCGCGGCGCAGGUGGCGAAAUCGGGCCCCGUAUCGGUCGCUGUCGACGCCUCGACGUGGCAGCUCUACACCGGCGGUGUCCUCAGCACAUGCGUGAUGGAGGAGCUCAACCACGGGGUUCUCAUCGUCGGCUACAACGACGACGCAAACCCGCCGUAUUGGAUCAUCAAGAACUCGUGGAGCAGCGCCUGGGGUGAGGAGGGCUACAUCCGUAUCGAAAAGGGUACCAACCAGUGCGGUGUGCAAGACUACGCCGUUUCGGUUGAGGUGCAGGAUGGGAACGAUGACGGCAGCGGCAGUGGCCCAUCUCCGUCUCCGCCGCCUCCACCACCACCUCCGGGUCCUGGCAAGAAUGAGUUUAUGGUCAAGACGUGCUAUGACAGUCGCUGCACGUUGUUAUGCUCCAAUCAAACUUAUCCCACAGGAAGCUGUGUUAAUUUCAAGACAGGUGGAUCCGCCAUCUUUCGCUGUACCGGCUCGGAGGUCGAGGAGACGAUCUUCUCUCAGAAAGGCUGCGUUGGCACUUCGAAAUCCGCUCGGGAGCCUUUGAAUAAGUGUUUGGAACGAUUCUUCAGCUACUACGAAAAUAUCUGUCCCUCUGUCAAUACUAACGCCAAUUAA